GAAGAACGUCGCCGGGUUUGAAAUCGACUGAAAGCGAAAAGUGAUGAGUCGCGCCGAGUGUCAUCAGUGGGCCACGUUUGGAUUCCACCCGCCCCGCCAAGUGAGAAAGGUGCGAAACAACUGGCACCCAAACACCACUUUAUUUUACGGCAAUCAACAACAAGGAUAGCAACAUGUCCGUCGACGAUCUUAUAGUUAAAGCUACCAGCGAACGCAACACAGGGGAGGAUUGGGGUCUUAUCAUAUCAAUAUGUGAAAAGGCCGAUAGCUCGGAGCCCGCAGCCCGCGAAGCAGUACAAGCUCUUGUCAAACGCAUCCAGCACCGCAACGUCAACGUGGUGCUAUUUGCGUUGACCGUGUCGAACUCCUUAGUCCAUAACUGCGGCAAAACACUCCGGCGAGAAAUCUCGUCUCGAGCGUUUGUAGAUGCUUUGACCAAGCAGGUCGCCAACAAGUCUGUACAUGAGGUUGUGCGCACGCGGAUCCUCGAUUUCAUUCAACAAUGGGCUGAGGAGUUCAAGGCGGAUCCUUCUUUGGGGUUCAUGGUGGAUACAUACAAUGACCUGAAAUCGAAAGGAUACAGCUUCCCAUCGCCGCACAAACCAGAUGUCGUGAAGACGCAAGCAAUGCUUGACAAGGAAAAAGAGGACGAGGAGCUGCAACUCGCUUUGGCGUUGUCUUUGUCGGCACAAGAAUCAAGCAAAUCGUCUAAGAGGGACUCGAGAUCCGACAGGCCAAAGACACCAAUACCCAAGCAGACCGGUCCCAAAGUACUGUUCCACGUCCGGGCAUUAUAUGACUUCGCAGGAACAGAGGAAGGCGAACUCCGCCUAACACGCGGGGACGUAGUCGAUGUCUACGACGCAACGACAUUCCAAGAGUGGUGGAAAGGGGAAGUGCGAGGACAAAUCGGAAUAUUCCCAUCGAAUUACGUGGAGAAGGUUGAAGGAGCCGGGAUGGCGGCUGCCGCGGUCGCGGAGGCGUCGCGGGCUUCGAAGGACGGCGAAUCGGAGGUGUUGGCGAAUGCUAGGAAGAUUCGGCAGUUUCAGCAGACGUUGGCUGGGAUUGACCCGUCGAGGGAUAGCUUUGCCGAGAACGACGUUUUGCAGCAAAGCUACAGCGACAUACUUCACCUUCGACCGAAGCUGCUCAAGCUACUGGAAACUUAUCGGACGAAACAAGAUGAGCUAGUACUCGUAAACGACAGGUUUACGAACGCAUGUCUGACGUAUCACAGACUCAUGGAGGCGUCAAUGGCCCAGUCGAGAGCCUAUCAACCCCAACACAUCCCUGCUCCACAUCACCACCCAAACUCUUACGUCGCGGCUCCACCAGCAGGUUACGAAGCAGCCCCACCAGCACAACAGCCCGGGUACUACACGUAUCACACCGCGCCGCCUGGCGCAGCGCACUACCAGCCAGGUCCGCCUCAGCAGGCCCCACCGCAACAACAUGCGCCUCCAGAGCAGUACGCUGAGUACCCACCUCACCAACAACAAUCGGGGCUACAUGCGCCGCCAGGGCAACAGCAGCCGCCGAUUGCGUAUCAGCAGUACUGAGGGGUGUAGUGAGCAAGGGUCCGCUCUAGUGUCAUAGUGGCGUAUCAGGGAUGGGGGGUGUGCAGCAGUCUUUCCGAUUUAUUACGUUGGCCAAAUUCGCCCCCCUGCACGCAGAGCUCCAAACUCUUAGGAUUAGGUUUCUUACCUUGCACCUGUUAGCUGGUAGCUGAACAGACAACUUCCGCAAUAAUCGUUUCUUUUCCGGGCGAAAACGCGCCCAGCCAUGCAAGUGUGAUUUUUUGUUAAUGCCCCAUCUAUCGCAAACUUAUGGCUGU